AUGGUUCGUCUUUCAACACUGGUGCUGUCGCUCACGGCAGUUGCCUCGUCGGUCCUUGGGGCAAACGAAGAAACCAAGCCUCCUGGUCUAUGCGCGGGCAAAGACAUGUUCUUGGUCGAGAUUGACCCAGCAGCCAGCUUGGACGAGGUGCUGAAGCCCGUCGAGGCCAUGGUUACCCGAUGCAAGACAAUGGACUUUUCGCUUUUCAAGGGCGCCUCGAUCCAGGUUGGCGAGGGCGUCGACAAGACGGCGGUGCUCAUCGAGCUCGAAAAGAUGGCAAGCGUCAGGGAAGUGUCCGCUGUCGAGAGCGGCGAAGGGCCCGAGGUCCAGGAACAAGGGCCGGCCACCGACGUUGACAGGCUGCAUGAAGAGGGAUUUACCGGCGAGGGCGUCAGGGUCGCCCUCAUCGACACGGGCGUCGACUACACGCACCCAGCACUCGGCGACAAGAUCCCGCCGGGGGAGAAGCCCGAGGUGGCCGACACGCCCAUGGACUGCCGGGGCCACGGCACGGCAGUCGCCGGCAUCCUGGCUGCGCAGCGGGCCAACAACACACUCGGCUUCAGCGGCGUCGCGCCCGGCGUGAGCCUGGCCGUGUACCAGGCCUACGACGACAAGGCCGACAUUGUCUCCAUCUCCCUGGGAGUCCGCAACGCCUGGGCCGGCAGUGCCAUGGCCGAGGCCGUCUCGCGCGUCGUCGCCCGGGGCGCCCAUGUCGUCGUCGCCGCGGGAAAUAGCGGCCAGCGAGGCAUGUUCGGCUUAUACUCGCCUGCUUCGGCCAGGGGCGCCGUCACGGUGGCCAACAUGGUCAGCCCCGUCGUGCCCGAGCUGAAGUGGCGGGCGACCUACGCAGUCGACGACGGCGACGAGGUUGAGUUUGACCACCAGGUCGGUGAGAACAGUGACUGGGGAGCCCGCGUCUCCUACCAGCUGGCGACGCCCAGCCGCGACACAAGCCUCGACGAUGCCUGCGACUUUCUCUCGGCAGCACCGCCCAAGGACAGCAUCAUCCUAGUCCGCGACGGCGGCAACUGUCCGCUCCAUGUCCAGGCCGACAACGUCCUCGGGGCGGGCCGCCGGUAUAUGAUGGUGGCGAACAACCAGACAGCGCUUGGAUGGGGCCGCCCCGGCUCGGGGAACACGGUCUCGUCGAGCGCCGUCUCAGCCGAGCUGGGCGACCGGUGGAUGCAGGCCCUGGGCGACCAGAAGAAGGUGACGAUCCAGCUGCAGGUCGUAGGGCUCCACGAGUCUCCCAGCCGCGCGGCCGGCGCCGUCGACAAGACGUCGUCGUGGGGCCCGGACUGGGAGCUCAACAUGAAGCCGCAGCUCGGCGCUCCGGGAGGCGCGGUCCCGGUCCCGCGCAUGGGCGGCAGCUUCAUGGUCGAGUCCGGGACGUCGUUUGCCGCGCCCUUUGUGGCCGGCGUCAUGGCCCUCAUCACCCAGGCGCGUGGCAAGCUCGAGCCUGCGCUUAUGGAGAGCCUCCUUUCAGCAACGGCGCGCCCGCAGCGGUUCCACGACGGCACCGGCUUCUUGGACUCGCUCGCGCCGGCCGCGCAGCAGGGCGCCGGCCUGAUCCAGGCCCAUGCCGCCCUUCACGCAACGACGGUCCUGACGCCGCCGAGCAUCUCCUUCAACGAUACCGACGAGGGACGGCCGGCGCAGUGGCGCAGUCUGAAGAUUGAGAACACGGGCAAAGGCGACGUGACGUAUUCUCUCUCGUAUACUCCGGCCCUGACCGUCUAUGCCACCAAGGCCUUCGCCCAUACGCUGGCAAUGUUUCCCGAGGAGUUCGAGACCGUGGAGGGCAGCGCCACGCUACGGCUCAGCCGCGACACCGUCAGGAUUGCCGUCGGCCAGUCCGCUAUCGUCGACGUGGUUGCCGAUCCGCCGCAGGGUCUCAAUGCGCGCCGGCUGCCGCUGUGGUCCGGCUGGAUCACCGUCAACGCGUCCGAUGGCAGCUCCUUUUCCAUCCCCUACCAGGGCGUGGCCGGGUCCCUCGGCGACCGCGUGGUGCUGAAUAAAAAAGACGUCCGAAUCGCGACCCAAUACAAUCCGCUUUCGACCUCGGUCUGGGCAACGCCCGGGGAAGUCUUUAGGUUCGGCGCCGAUCCCGAGACCAGGCAGCAGGACGUCCGUCCUGUCGUCGUGGUCCGACUACGGCUUGGCGUGCCGCAGUUGAAUGUUAGCCUUGUGCGACUCAACACAUCAACUUCAGCCUCUGACAACCUGGGGCCGCUGCGUGGCUUUCCCGCCAGGUGGCUCCCUCAUGAUGAAGGCCAGCCCUACACGUGGGACGGCACGCUCGAAGACGGCAACUUGGCCCCAGAGGGUUCCUACCGUUUCGAAGUGGCGGUUUUGCGAAUCUUUGGCGAUGGCGCCAACGAUGCUGACUGGGUCAGAGUUCUCAGUGAGGAAUUUCGAAUCGAGCAUAGGUAG